AUGCAGGACAAUACCCUGGAUGAACUGGUGCAGAAGGUGGUGAAAACUGCCGAAGGAGCCCACAAAGGUAAGACGGACUCUCCGGAGUCCGAAGCGAACCUCCAGGGUGCAAAACCCCUGGCAGGAGAGGGAGCGGAUGACUCCUCAGUACCGCAAGGCACUGAGGAAACCGCCUCGUUUGAUUUUACGUCCCUUUCUAUUACAGAUCGGGACCUGACGGAGGCAGAGCAGGCCGAGAUGGCCUUGCUGAUGACCAUAGGCGAGCAGGGUGAAAUUCCCUCCCCUGAGUUCGAGCCUCUGGAGGCGGUGUCGCAAGUGGUAGAGAUUACCACGACCGCUCCGUCUCCAGUCGCAGAGGCCACCCGGGCGAAAACCCCGGAGGAGAAAGACGCUUUGGCGAGGAGUUUGGCGGCCAUUCAGGUCGAGCACCCCGAGUUGAUGGCAACUAUGUUUGCACAGUUGCCGCAAUUCAACCCGGGGCCCUCCACGUCGGCUGUGUCGCCGCCUCCUCCCCAAGAGCAGAUGGAGGUAGAGGACGAAAAGUCCUCCUACGCUUGGGUGACGAAGCACGGGCGAAAAUCCCGUGAGCCGACCUCAAGUAGAAGGAACACCCCUGCAGCCCCAGCGCUGGUCCCUGAAGCCACGGAGAGGAGCUCCAAGGCCAAAGGGAAACUGCCGAAAGGCAGGAAGGAGAAGGGGGAGAAGACGCCAGGGCGAAAAACCCCUGAGAGGAGAGGCCCGGAUGCUGAGGCGAGGAAGGUAUACUCUCAGAUGCUUCAGCACGGAGGGGAGGGAGCUACAGAGGCAGUUGGGGUGAAAAUCCCCAAACGAGGGAGGGGNCUCCAGUCGCAGAGGCCACCCGGGCGAAAACCCCGGAGGAGAAAGACGCUUUGGCNAGGCGAGCAGGGUGAAAUUCCCUCCCCUGAGUUCGAGCCUCUGGAGGCGGUGUCGCAAGUGGUAGAGAUUACCACGACCGCUCCGUCUCCAGUCGCAGAGGCCACCCGGGCGAAAACCCCGGAGGAGAAAGACGCUUUGGCGAGGAGUUUGGCGGCCAUUCAGGUCGAGCACCCCGAGUUGAUGGCAACUAUGUUUGCACAGUUGCCGCAAUUCAACCCGGGGCCCUCCACGUCGGCUGUGUCGCCGCCUCCUCCCCAAGAGCAGAUGGAGGUAGAGGACGAAAAGUCCUCCUACGCUUGGGUGACGAAGCACGGGCGAAAAUCCCGUGAGCCGACCUCAAGUAGAAGGAACACCCCUGCAGCCCCAGCGCUGGUCCCUGAAGCCACGGAGAGGAGCUCCAAGGCCAAAGGGAAACUGCCGAAAGGCAGGAAGGAGAAGGGGGAGAAGACGCCAGGGCGAAAAACCCCUGAGAGGAGAGGCCCGGAUGCUGAGGCGAGGAAGGUAUACUCUCAGAUGCUUCAGCACGGAGGGGAGGGAGCUACAGAGGCAGUUGGGGUGAAAAUCCCCAAACGAGGGAGGGGCAUGAGAGCAGAGAGUGUUCUGCCCCGUAUCGGCCGCACUGCAAGAAGUGCGGAGUUCCGUGCCCUGGGCCGUACUAUAAGUCCUGUGCUGAAAAGUGCUGAAAAGGACCCAGGGACCUUGGUGUCCGGCGUACGGACAGAACAUCCCCAGGGCGGACUUGAGGAAGCUGCAAAAGCAGCUCAAGACGGAGAGGAGGGCUGA